AUGACCACCCCAAACAGCUUCACCCUCGACCUCCCCACCGUCCUCUGCAUCGCCUUCUCCCUCUCCUUUAUGCCAAUCGCCUACCUCCUCAGCAAAGCCCUCAUCCCCUCCACCCACACCCGCAACCGUAUCCUCUUCUUCUGGCACGCCUACGACGCCCUAACCCACCUCUUCAUCGAAGGCUCCUUUCUGUACCAAUGCUUCUUCAGCUACGCCUCCCUACCUGCCGGCAUCCAGAGUGCGGGUCCGCACUUCCUCGACCGCCCCGACCGCGUCUACGGCCCAGCCUACGGCUCCGGUCCCAGCGCGCGCCUGUGGCAGGAAUACGCCAAGGCCGAUCGGCGCUGGGCGGGCGCUGAUUUGACUGUUAUCUCGCUGGAACUGUUGACUGUGUUCGUCGGCGGGCCCGCGGCGGUUUAUGUUUGCUAUCUGCUGUGUCGGUCGUCGAAUGAGAAGUUGAGUGCGAAGGUGCGGGGUGGUGCUAAGGCGACUCUGUGGUUUGUUGCGACUGCGUUGGCGACGGCCGAAUUGUAUGGCGGAUUUAUGACUUUUGCCCCGGAGUGGUUGACUGCUAGCUCGCAGCUUGCGACGGAGGAUCCCGUGUAUCUGUGGCUAUAUCUGUUCUUCUUUAAUACUCUCUGGGUGUUUAUUCCCCUGUGGGUGUUGUGGGAGGCUGGUAAGGAGCUGCAGGCAGCUUUUGUCUCACAGGAGGUGGCAGAGGCUGAGCAGAAGGGGAAAUAA